AUGACCGCCGACGCGACCGCGAUGGCGACCGAGAUCGUCGAGACCGCCGCCGCUCCCGCUCGCCUGCUGGUGGUGGGCAUGGGCGUGGAGGAGGAGGAGGAGGAGGAGGAGGAGGAGGAGGAGGAGGCAGGAGGGAUUUCGAGUCGGGACUAUCGUGAGCGGGAGAGGGAGGAGAGAUAUCAAGGUGGUGGUGGUGGUGGUGGAGGCGGAGGGCGUGACAGAAGGGAUAGGGAUAAUAGAGACUGGGACCGUGGUUCCGCGCGUCGGGACGCCAGACGCGAUGAUGGAGGUGGAGAUAGAAGACGCGACCGCCGCGAUCGGGACCUCUUUGACGACAGGAGGAAGCCUCGCGAAGACCACGAUAGGAGGGAUCGAGGAGGUGAUGGCAGGAACGAAGACCGUGGACGCGAUCGUGAUGAUGAGCGGCAGCUGGAACGCCAGGCCCGACAGAAGAGCGGGAGUCCGCCGCCAAGGAAGGCCAAAGAGCCGACGCCGGAUUUGACGGAUGUGGUGUCUGUGCUUGAGAGGAAGAGGCGGUUGACGCAGUGGGAUAUCAAGCCGCCUGGUUAUGAGAAUGUCACGGCGGAGCAGGCAAAGUUGUCGGGUAUGUUCCCUCUGCCUGGAGCGCCGAGACAGCAGCCGAUGGAUCCUUCGAAGCUGCAGGCGUUUAUGAAUCAGCCUGGCAACCAGGCUGGGAAGAGCGCGCUCAAGCCUGCUACUGCUCGUCAAUCGAAGCGGCUGUUCGUGUACAACAUCCCCUCCUCCGCCACCGACGACAGCGUGAGCGACUUCUUCAACCUCCAGCUCAACGGCUUAAACGUCACGCGCGGCCAAGACCCCUGCAUCUCUGCCCAACUAAGCAAAGACCGCACCUACGCCCUCCUCGAAUUCAAGACCGCCGAGGACGCCACCAACGGCAUGGCGCUCGACGGCAUAAACAUGGAGCCCGAAGCUAUGGACACCAGCAACGGCGACUCCAACGGCAGCUCUGCUCAAGGCCUCCAGAUCAAACGACCCAAGGACUACAUCGUCCCCGCCAUCACGGACGAGACAGAAAACGAAGCCGGCGUCCUCUCCACUUUAGUUCCGGACACCCAGAACAAAAUCUCCAUCACCCGCAUCCCCUCCUACCUCACCGAGGACCAAGUCCAAGAACUCCUCGUCUCCUUCGGCGAACUUAAAUCCUUCGUCCUCGUCACCGAUAACUCGUCUGGCAGCAGUCGCGGGAUCGCCUUCUGCGAGUACAAGGAUGCGGCGACGGCGACGGAUAUUGCCGUGGAGAGCCUGGAUGGGAUGGAGUUGGGGGAGAGCAAGUUGAGGGUUUCCCGGGCGAGUAUUGGGAUCCAGCAGGUUAGUGGGGAGAUGAGUGUUAAUGCUAUGUCUCUCAUGGCCGGGACGAGUGCGAAGGAGGGGGAGGAGGUGGGGCGGGUGUUGUGUUUGAUGAAUAUGAUUACGGUCGAGGAGUUGAUGGAUGGGGAGGAGGCGGACGAAAUCCUUGAAGACGUCAAAGAAGAAUGCAGCAAAUACGGGCCCGUCCUGGACGUCAAAAUGCCCCGGCCUACAUCUGGAAGUCGUCAGAGCAACGGCAUCGGGAAGAUUUAUAUCAAGUAUGAGGCACCCGAGAGCGCGCAGAAGGCUCUUGCGGCGUUGGCGGGGAGGAAGUUUGCGGAUCGCACCGUUGUGGUGACGUUGUUUGGGGAGGAGUAUUUUGAUGUUGGGGCUUGGUAA